ACUCAGAAUACGCGUUAAAAAUCCGGGAUUCCUCAGAUUUCGGUUAAUUUCGAUCCAGCGAAACAGUCCGCGACCCCGAUUCUGAUCCCGACACGGGAUAACCAUUGUCAUAGCUUUCUGAAACACUGUGUGUGGGGAGAGAGUGAGAGAGAGGGAGAGCUGGAGGAGUAGAAGUUUGGAGUUGCCGGUCUGUCGUUCUGGGUUUUGUGUAGCUGUUUGUAUUCUUUUGGCGGUGAAAUGGAGGACGAGGAAAUCGAGAAAAUGGUGAUUGCAUACCUGAAGAAGAAGGGCUUCAAGCAAACGGAACUCGCCCUACAGGAAGAGCAAAGCAAAAGCUCCUUUGCUUCUCAGACCGAUCCCGACAAACAGAUCCUUUCUGUUACUGAAUCAGAGAGUGGUCCAGCACAGUAUCAAGAUGGAUAUAGCAAGCUAAGAUCAUGGACAUAUAGCUCACUGGAUCUAUAUAAGCAUGAGUUGCUUCGUGUGCUUUAUCCUGUAUUUAUUCAUUGUUUUAUGGAUCUUGUGGCGAAGGGGCAUACCCAAGAAGCUCGAGCAUUUUUCAAUAGCUUUCGUGAAGACCAUGAAUUGAUGCACUUAAGGGACCUUCAAAAGUUGGAAGGUGUUCUUUCGCCCUCACAUCUGGAGGAGAUGGAAUUUGCUCAUUCUUUGAGGCAGAGCAAAAUUAGUAUAAAGAUGUGUCAGUACUCGUACGAACUUCUUGUGCAAUAUCUACAGAAAUCACAGUCGAUUACUAUUCUUGGAAUAAUCAAUGAGCAUAUUAAUUUUGAAGUUUCACCUGGUCAACCAAGCACAAUUUCUGAUGAUGCCGAUGUGGUAACCCUGCUUGGAAGCAGCCAAGAUACAUCUAAGCUGAUAAACCAGAAGGAAAUACGUUGGGGGUUGCUUGAAGAUUCCUUAGAAGAGCGUCUAGAGAAGGCAGGGGCUUUGAUGUCAGAUUCUGAAAAGCCUGAAGGAGAAACCAAAGAGGGAGAAGUGGAAGAGAACAAGAAGAAAUCAGUGGAUGGAGGCAAGCAAGGUGCUUCAGUCAAGAAGUUGAAAAAGGACAAAGUUGUUGGUACAACAGGAAAAAGCAUUCGUUCUGAGACUAAUAUUGUAUCCAUGGCUCCCCGGGUUAAACCAGAGCUUUCAUUGCCUGAAAUACCAACAGAAGUUGAGCAUUCUAUUCUUGAGGACCUAAGGAACCGUGUACAGUUGGGUAGCUUGGCCCUGCCAUCAGUCAGCUUCUAUACAUUCAUUAAUACACAUAAUGGUUUAAAUUGUUCAUCAAUAUCACAUGAUGGAUCCUUGGUUGCUGGUGGAUUCUCAGACUCAUCAGUAAAGGUUUGGGACAUGUCAAAGAUUGGACAACAAUCUGAUACUUCUAUCAUGCAGGGAGAGAAUGACUCGGCUAGUAUUGAACAUUUGAUGGGACCAGAGGAUGGAAAAAGGUCUUAUACACUGUUUCAGGGUCAUGCUGGACCUGUUUAUUCAGUUAAAUUUAGUCCACUUGGGGAUUUUAUUCUUUCUUCAUCAGCAGACUCAACCAUUCGGUUAUGGAGCACCAAGCUAAAUGCAAAUCUUGUUUGCUACAAAGGUCAUAAUUAUCCUGUCUGGGAUGUUCAGUUUAGUCCUGUGGGGCAUUACUUUGCCAGCUCUUCACAUGAUCGUACUGCCAGAAUUUGGUCAAUGGACAGAAUCCAGCCUUUAAGGAUCAUGGCAGGGCAUCUAUCUGAUGUUGAUUGUGUGCAGUGGCAUGCAAACUGUAACUACAUUGCAACUGGAUCUAGUGAUAAGACAGUUAGAUUAUGGGAUGUCCAGAGUGGGGAGUGUGUGCGCAUUUUCAUUGGUCACAGGAGUAUGGUUCUAUCAUUGGCAAUGUCACCUGAUGGUCGGUAUAUGACAUCAGGAGAUGAAGAUGGGAUGAUCAUGAUGUGGGAUCUCUCAAGUGGUCGUUGUGUUACACCUUUGAUGGGGCAUACCUCUUGUGUAUGGACACUUGCUUUCAGUCGUGAAGGCUCUCUUCUGGCGUCUGGAUCUGCUGAUUGCACUGUAAAACUGUGGGAUGUGACUGCAAGCACAAAGGUGGCAAGAACAGAAGAGAACAAAUCCGGAGCUAUGAAUAGACUGAGGUCAUUAAAAACUCUACCAACCAGAUCAACUCCAGUUUAUACUCUCCAAUUCUCUCGAAGGAAUCUUCUAUUUGCAGCUGGGGUGCUUUCAAAAGGUGUAUAAAAAUUGAAUUUGGACAGCCCAUACUAGAAUUCAGGAAAUUCAAGUAGGUCGGUGUAAAGUUGUCUUAAUCAUCCCUUGAUGGGGUAAAAAGCAUUGUUUUUUAUCUCUACACGCUUUCUUCUUACACUUGAGUUCCCGUUCUAGCAUUGCCUUGCUUUUAGUUUUUUAGGUUAUUGUUGUUACUUGUUAUUCUAUCCUGUUGGUUUGUUUAUUGUACAUUCAAUCUCACUUCAAUUAUUGCAUCAAUACCUUUCCAAGAACACUUGAACAAUCUAAUUAUUCCUUAAGCAUC